AUGGUCUUCAAUGAGAAAGACAUCAAGGAUCAAUCACUGCCCAUGGCUAUGCCCGUCCCAAUCGUCUACCCAACCCGCACACAAUCACAAUCCAAUCCCGAUCCCUCCAGCACCUUCAAUCUCGAUGAAGGGUCCCUAACAUCCUCCCCGGACCCCUUCCUCUCCGACGCAGAAUCCCGCGCCCACUGCUCCCCCCUCUCAAACUCCUUCUACUUCUUCUUCGAACUCCCCUCCUCCCCCCUCGCCCGCGCAUUCUCAUUCCUCUCCUCCCUCUGCGUGCUCGCCUCGAUCGCGAUCAUCGCAGUUUCCUCACUGCCGCGGUUUCAAGAAGUGGGGAAUGAGUGGGGAAGUGCAAAGUAUAAGAGGUGGUGGGGGCCGGCGUACGGUGUUAUGGGAUGUGUUUUUUUGGUGGAGUUUGUGGGGAGGGUGGUUGGGGUUGGGGCGGGGAGGAGGAGGGGGGGUGUUUGGGGGAGGGUUUGGUGGUGUUUGAGACCGUUGAAUUUGAUUGAUGCGUUUAGUAGUGUGCCAUUUUGGGUCGAGCUAAUCCAAACCAACACCCCCACCGCCCGAAUCUUCCAAGUCCUCCGCAUCUUCCUCCUCUUCCGCAUCGUCAAAGUCGGCCAAUUCACAGAAUGGUCAAUCGGGAUGAAAGUUACCUUCCGCGUCUUCCGUCGUUCCCUAGCCCAGAUCCUCCUUGUCUCAUUUUACACCUUGAUCGUCAUUUUGGUAGCGGCGAGUUGUGUGUAUUAUGCGGAGAGGGGGACGUGGAAACAGGGGCAGGGGGUGUGGGUUAGGAGCGAUGGGAGUGUUAGUCCGUUUCAGAGUAUUCCCGGGAGUUGGUAUUGGGCUGUUGUUACUGUUACGACGCUGGGGUAUGGGGAUCAGUAUCCUAUCACGAACGUGGGGCGGUUUAUCGCUUGUCUUGCAGCACUCUCAGGAAUGAUGGUAAUUGCCCUCCCAACCUCCAUCAUCGGCUCAAACUACGGCCGCGAAUGGGCAGAUUACGAACGUCGACGCACACGCGUUCGAAUGCGGGAACUCACACGACGACAGGCUCAAGCCAACGCUGAUGAUCCAGCACAUACCCAUCGGCUUACGCGAACAACCACUUUUGGGUCCCUAUUUUCUCGGACACCUACCAUUAUUCAAGGGUUGCCUUCUUCCCACGCCCAUUCGCCUGGGGCUUCACACGCGCACAUCCGAACACUGAAAGAAACGAACGAACUCCUCCUGAACGCUGUGGUUCGAGCACAGGAGCAACUGGAUGGUGUUGCACCACUGGCACAAGAGCGAUGGUAUGUGAAAUGGAAAGAGACUGAAGCAGAGAAUGUGCGGUUGAGGUUGAGGGUUCGGGAGUUGGAGGAAGCACAGGGUGGUCGGGUGGAAAAUAUUACAGAUGUGAAGGAGACAGUUAUUCAGUUUCAGCAAUAA